UCAUUCUCUGCUGCUACCACAGUAGGACAGAAUUCCCCGAACGACUCCGCGUCCCUUCCCUCAUCACCCGUGUUUCCAGCUUCAUUUAAGCCUGCCUUCGGGCACCGCAAGAACGCUCUGUCCGUGGAGUCCAUACCCAGGCAAACAAUCAUAAAGGCAUUGGCAUCCGCUGGCAGGAAUCACAACCCGCAAAACUUAUCCUUGUCCAGCAUGAUUGCCGCACAUAAACAGAUGGAGCAUCGACCUGGGACUGCCUCCUCCCAAAAACUGUCGGCCGCCUUGUCAAGCCUCACGGACAGGGCCGGAACCCCAACAACUCCUCGUUUCACUGCCCUACAAUCGCCCUGCUUCUAUCACGAACGAUUUGAUGAUGUCCUCAACAUCGACAAAGUUCUCGAAGAGAUCCAGGGGAACGAAUGGAUUUCCCACUCUCGGCUGCUCGCAACGGCUACUGGUGUCCGAGAAAUAUCAAAACAACUACAACGUCGUCCAAUGAAAAGGGCGGUCCGUAAUGUCAUGAUCGUUACUAAAGCGAGAGACAAUCAAUUGGUCAACUUGACGAAGGAGCUUGCGAUGUGGCUUAUGAGCACUCCCAGAUACGGAUCCGAGCUUGGUGUUACUGUCUACGUUGAUGCCAAACUCAAGACGUCGAAACGGUUUGGUGCUGCUGAUAUUUUGGAGGCGCAUCCUCGCUUACAACAUCUCUUGCGAUACUGGAGACCCGAGAUGUGUCGGAACCAACCCGAGAAGUUUGACCUGGUCCUCACCCUUGGAGGUGAUGGCACUGUCCUCUUCACGUCUUGGCUUUUCCAAGGGAUCGUUCCCCCAAUAUUGUCAUUCAGUCUCGGCAGCCUCGGAUUCUUGACCAACUUUGAAUACGACAAAUUCAAAGAGCAGUUGAACAAGGUGAUGGGAGAGGAUGGCAUGCGAGUAAGCAUGCGUAUGCGUUUCACAUGCACUGUCUACAAAGGUGGCGUCUCCGGUCAAGACAUGGAAGAGGCCGAGCAAUUUGAGGUUCUCAAUGAGCUUGUCAUUGACCGUGGACCAUCUCCCUACGUCUCAAACCUUGAGUUGUACGGAGACAACGAACUCCUCACCGUAGUCCAGGCCGACGGUUGCAUUUUCGCCACACCAACUGGUUCGACAGCCUACUCUCUGUCAGCGGGUGGCUCUCUUGUCCACCCUGAUAUCCCGGCAAUUCUUCUUACCCCAAUUUGCCCACACACCCUUUCCUUCAGACCUAUGGUUCUUUCGGACAGUCUUCUGCUUCGAGUCUCUAUUCCUCGCAACUCCCGUGCCACAGCCUACUGCUCCUUUGACGGCAAAAAUCGCGUGGAGCUCAAGCAAGGUGAUCAUAUCACAAUCGCUGCGUCUCAAUACCCAUUCCCUACCGUAAUGAAAUCUGGUUCGGAAUGGUUCGAAAGUGUGUCUACAUCUCUGAAAUGGAACACCAGAGGUGCAGCACAGAAAGGAUGGGACGGUCUGGAAGAGAACGAAGAGCAAGGCGAUGAGUGGGACAUUGAUUUUGACGAUUCUGCGUACGGCACAAGCGAAGAUUGCAGCGAUAGUGCUAGCCCUCCUCGAACGGCCAUGAGCUUGCUC